UGGAAAAGUAACAGGUUGAAGGCACCAGUGCAGAGCCGAGUGAGUCGGGGCUAUGAGGCCUCUCCUGCUCCUCUCUCUCCUCUCCACCGUUUACGCCGCACCUGCCUUUCACAGCGUCGAUGUUGUGAAAGCAACUGCUGAUGUCGAUGACCUACUCCAAUCCCUGUUGGCCCAGUGGGAGAAGACUUCGCCCCAGAGUUCAAGUUCAGCCACCCCCCUCGGACCAGGCCCAGAGCCCACCGACACCAGCCAUGCCACUGGCCUCCGCAGCUCACCGUCUGCCCACCAGCGCGCCACGGAACCCCAGGCCACCGUGAAAAUCACACCGGACACGCAGCCCGUGACAGGGAGGAACGGGGGCAGGAGGCUGCCACGGCUGCUGAACGACGUGGUCUCAAUGGCUCUGAUUAUCAUCUGCGCAGUGACGGGUCUCUGCGGACUGGUCGUGGCUGCUUUAUGUUGGUACCGGUUGCAGAAGGAGGUGAGACAGGCGCAGAAGGUUGUCUAUGAAGGAUCACAGAAGCCAUUACCCCCGUUCAUUGACAGGAGGAUUGCGGAAAAGCUUCAGAGGAGCCACUAUCAGCACCAGAAGAAAGUCAUCCAGGCUUUGGGAGAGAGCAAACCCAAGGUGAAGAGGAAUCAGACGUACAUGGAAUCAGAGCCGGAUAAUGGAAAUGAGGAAUACAUGGUGUACGAGUGUCCGGGUUUGGCACCGACGGGAGAGAUGGAGAUUCACAACCCUCUGUUCGAUGCCUCUGUCCACCAUGGCAGCCCAUCCAUCCACCAGUAGGAACUGGAUCUUUGAAAUUCACCAAUUUACAGAGAGCUGGGGGUUGACAAAACUUCCCAACAUUGUAACAUGAUCGGAGGUGAAAAGUCAGCGAUGGGGGUAUCGUCAUCCCUGGCAAUACGGACAUGUGAUUGGUUCCUCGUACCACCUCCACCAUUCAGUAAAGUCACGGUUGAGUGGCUAUUUCAUCACCACACAACUGCACUGUUUUUGGAUCCCUUAGUUCCAUAGAAAAGUCAAGGUUAAAGUUGGGAAGUGAAAGUCAAGUUUAUUGUCAUCAGCACAGGUACAAUGAAAAACUCAACAUGCUGCAGCAUCGCACACACGCAGUAUCCUAUCAGCAGCUUUCACAAAAACAAAUUAAACAUAUAUUGUACACAAUUUCUAUCAGAAAUAACACAAUUAGAACAAACUUAGAGUCCAGUUUACUCAGUGACUGAAUAUCCACAGAAUCAGAUAGUUCCAGACAUACGCUCAGAAUCAGCUUUAUUUUCACUGACCGAUGUUGUGAAUUUUGUUUUGCAACAGCGGGGCAGCGCUAUAUAUAAAGCACACAACAAAUUACAAUGAGAAAUAUAUGCAAAAAUUUAGGGCAAGAAGAGAGCAAAAAUAGUGAGGUACUGUUCAUGGGUUCAUGGACCAUUCAGAAAUCUGAUAGUGGAGGGGAAGAAGCUGUGCCCAAAACAUUGAUUGUAUGUCUUCAGGCCUCUUUCCUGACGGUCAUAAUGUGAAGAGGGUAUGUCCUGGGUGGUGUCAUCCUGGUGAUGGAUGCCUCCAUCCUGAGGCAUCGCCUUUUGAAAAUGUCCUCGACGGUGGGAAGGCUACUGCCCAUGAUGGGGCUGGCAGAGUUUACAGCUUUCUGCAGCUUUUUUCUGGUCUUGUGCAGUGGCCCCUCUACACCAGAUGGUGAUGCAGCCAGUUAGAAUGCACUCCGCAGUACCUCUGCGGAAUUUACUAAGGCUGAGUCUCCUCUCACUCCUAAUGAAGUAUAACUGCUGGCAUCCCGUCAUUUUAAUGCAUCAAUGUGUUGGGCCCAGGAUAGAUCUUCAGAGUUACUGACACACAAGAACUUGAAAUUGCUUACCCUUUCCACUUCUGCUCCCUCCAUGAGGACUGUUGUGCAAACCAAUGAGAGAAGAAAUUUCUCCUCACCGCAGUCUUAACUGCCCAGUCUUUACCCUAAGACCACAGUCCUUAGUUCUAGGCAAUGGGUUCAAGCAAACGAGCAUCUCAGAGGUCCAAAGGUUGAUUUAUUAUCAAAGCAUACAAUUCUGAAAUUCUCCAGUUCUCCUGUUAACCGUGAAACCAAGAAAUAAAAGAAAGGCAGCACGAUCAUCAAUCCCGAAAAUUUGGUAUCUAAGCUGGACGCUCUCCCGUUACCCUGCACUGAAAGUCUGCUUAUAGAAUAGGAACGUUAAGCUGUGUAACUCUUCAUACAGAUGAGGCCAGACUUGCUGCUGAAAUAUUGCUUGAUUUAAGCUUAAGCGGGAGGUGCUGGCAAUGGGAAUUUCGGUGACCAAGCUCAAUGCAGUUCAUAAUAAAAGUCCAUGA